AUGCCAAAACAUAUAAAACCCACCCCUGCAACGUGGAAGGAGAUUCUACUGCAUCUCGAUCUCCCCGGUUGGACUUGGCUGUUCACCUCGGUCAUCUGCUUCACCUUGGCUCUGGAAUGGGGUGGCCUAGAGAAACCAUGGAGUGACGGCUCUGUCAUCGCCACUUUGACUCUUUGGGUUGCCUUGACUAUCGCAUUCGUGACCGUCGAGUGGUUCCAGGGCGAGUACGCCAUCAUGUCCCUGAAAAUUGCCAACCUAGCCAACUUUCAGAUACUAUUUUAUCUCCCCAUAUAUUUCCAAGCCGUUCAUGGCAUGUCCGCUAUCGAUAGUGGCGUCAACUGCCUUCCGUUUAUGGCCUUCUACACCUGCGGGGCUAUAGUCAGUGGUGUACUCGUUGGGAAGACACGCUUUCUACAGCCCAUCGAGUUCGGUAGUGGGCUGAUAGCAGUUCUUGGCGCCGCCAUGAUCUACUGCAUCGACGUCAAAACCUCGAAGGCUUGGUAUGUUGGCGCUCAGAUCCCUUUCGGGCUUGGAAUCGGUCUAGGAAACCAGGUUCCGGUGACAGCGCUACAGGGUUUUGCGACGCCGGAAACAGCGGCAGCGACAAUGGGGGUAGCUUUCAGAGAUGGGGCCUACUUUGUUUCGGCCGCUAAUUCUAUCUUCGACAACUACCUACUGCAGACCUUGGCACGUACUGCUCCUCAAAUUGAUUCAUCAGAUAUCUUGUACAUUGGAGUGUCGGAACUUACAAAGCAAUACGAAGGGGAGCAGCUGGCUUUGAUUCGAGACGCAUAUAUUGUUGGGAUCAAGGAUGUCUUUGCCUUCGCCUUGGCCGGUACCGCCCUAACCGUAUUCCUGGCCCUUGUGAUCGCGUCCAAGAGGCUUCCUUCCCAUGAGACGAAGGAGGUUGAGGAUAAUGAGGCAGCGGCCAAACAGCGUACCAGAAGGGUUUAG